GGAGGUGGGUGAAAAGUUCACUCUCAGACAAUUGAAUCUCAUGACGUGACUUUUUCUUGAAAGGGGGAAGGGUAGCAUUUGAAUGGCUGCAUUUAGUUGGUGGAUUUUAUGGCAGUGAGUAAGAUUUUCCAGUGCUGGAUGGAACAUGAAAAAGUAUAUAUAGUACCGUUUCUAUUUUAAUUUAUGCUUCUGUCAAAUGUUUUGGAUUGUUGUCUUCGAAAGGAAAUGUGUUUCCUGCUUUUCUUGGCCUGAAUCUGUAAGUAGCUAUUUCCCUGUGACACUGUGUGACAAUUUUGUCUUUCCAGGAGGGAUGACCUAAGUUUUUAAAAGUGGCUAUGGUAAUGUUUCUUUGGGAUGGUUGUAAAUUCAGAGCCACUGAUGUGAAGGCUAGAAUUUUAGAGAAACCUAUGGUCCUCUCCUCUUCCACUUUCCCUGAGGUAGAGCCUAGUACAAGAUAUGACUCUAUUCAGUCAAAGACACAUUUCAUUAUUUAAGAAUGACUGUACCAGUACUUUAUGGUGUUCUGCAAAGAGUACUGUUGACUUAUAAACUAAGAAAUGCAGCAAAAAAAGUGCUAGAAAAAUCGUUACCACUGACAGUUCUGCUGUUGACUACAGCUUCCCUAUUCAUAGAGCUCAAACGUCUCACCAAAUUUCCUGCUUAGUACCCUUCUUAUCGCACUACAAUCUGUGAUCUAAAAAUGUUUUGUCAAUUGUAAGGUACUUUGUAAUGUUGCUGUUGUAACUGGUACAUGGGAAUGAGAUGUUCUUCUGCUAACCCUCACACAUGUCCAAGGGCUUGGAAAUUAACUUUUGGGAGCAGAACAAUAAAAGCAUGUAAUUGAUGACAUUUUUUGUCUGAAUAAAUUACCUUAAAAUACAGCAGAAAUAGCAGAGCCAAAAAUUUUAUUAUGUAUUUGCCUGAAUAUGAAGCUAAAAAUGGGGCCUUCAAAAAAUAAUCAGGGUUACAUACAAAGUUUUACACACAAAAAAAUGUUCAUUUCAUUGUUAUUUAUUUAAAUAAAAAUUGGAAACAGUUUAUGUCAAGAAGCAGGGAACUGGUUAAGCAUGUUAUAGUAUAUAGAUAAAACAGAAAGAUCUAUCACCAUUAACAAUAUUUAUAAAUGUUUUCAGUAGCAUGGGAGAUUGUUUACGAUAAAAUGCUUCAUGUAAAAGGAGGAUAUAACCUCUAACUUGAAGAAGUAUUUCAACUAGCUUUUUAAAAAAAUGCAUGGAAGUACAACUAAAAGGAAAUAUGCCAAAAUGUUAAAAGUGAGUAGUGGGAGUUUGGAUAUCCUACUUUUUUACAUAUAUAUUUUGGUACCAAAAAAAAAAUUGAAAGGGAAUAUAUAGAAGGCUUACCAAAACAAGUAAAAUCAUAGCCCAAACAAAGAUAUUGGCCUACUAGAAAAGACAACCUGUGAACUGAAUAGAGAUGUCUGACGGAGUCUAGAAGAAGGACCUCCAAAGGCAAGUUUGUCAAAGUGUAACCAAAUCAGCCAGGGAAAAGGGAGGUGGAUGCAUCACACCUAGAUGUUAAAAUCAUCCAUUCAUCUUCUCUCAUACUUACUUCAAUUCCAUGCUAACCAAGAAAAAUUAUAAUUAUAAUUUGGCUUCCUUUUGGAUGUUCUGACAGAUGGAACACACUGGUUAUACCAACGUGUUCCUUAUGCCAUUCCAGUUUAUGCAUCAGUCUCCUGUCAGCUUGGUUGUGGAAAUCAGUUCUGGAGACAUCGGUCAAUUCUUGGUUCUCUAACAAGAUCAGAUUUCUGGAGCUGCAAAGCUAAGGACCAGCUGCUGAACUGUGGUAACACCACCAUGUAGUCUGUGACCGCUGGCCUGAUUAGAACACCCAUGACUUACUAUUCUAAUUAUUGUUCUUAUAUUAAUAUCACAGUCUCAGAUUUGGCUCCUCAGCUGCUCCUCUUUUCCAAGUUUUCUAAGAGUUGCCUUUUUUAUUCUCAGGAGAAGGCAGCAUGGGAGGAAAUCCCUCCACACCUAAACCCACCACUGACACCCUCUUCUUCACGACAGCCCCACCGGCUACUGCCUCUACACCCUUCCUCACUAACUGCCCCACCAAAAACAGCAAAGGUCUUCUUCAUUUGAUUUUGGCCUUUUUUGCGGGGGUUCUCCUGACACUGCUGCUGAUGGGCCUUGUCUUCCUCAUCAUAAAGAGCUACAGAAAACGUCACUCCAGAUCUCCAGUCCUGGAUCCUUGCUCAGAUCCUCCAAACAAGCUUUCAGCCAUCCCGGAGGAGGCACUUACCUAUGCCAGCAUGACUUUCCAAAUCUCAGAAGAAAAAAGCAAUCGCUUGACUGCAAACUGUUCUGCAGACUUGGAUUCCACUGUCUAUACUCAAAUUAAAGUGGCAAACUAAGCCUCUCUUUCCAAAGGAACUUUAAUGCAGUUCCUCUCAUCUUGGCUCCAUCUUUGUACAUUGCUUUCCCUUUUUUUUUUUUUUUUUUUACAAAUUUUGGACCACAACCUGUGUGAACCUCCAAUCAAAGUUGUUUGGGUAUGAUCUGGCAAUAUUAUCAAGCAGGUUUGAAGACCACUAGUCAGUAUUUUUCCUGGCUAGAGAAAGGAUUACUGGCCCUCCCCCUUGGACCCUUGAGGGCUGAGACUGCCUCCCUCGUUCCAUUUCAAAGUGUGUGGUACAGAGCUCAGUGCACAGAAUAGUCACUCAGCAUUACUGAUCAACUUUGGAGAGCCAAUGAAAUGAACAGUCUUUCAAGAAUUUCAAAUAAAGGGGAACACUCUGCAA